UGAUCUCUGCCGAAUAGAACCGGAUCAGGAUAAGUUUUGCAGAUUAACGCAUAAGAGCAUGAAAUAUAGAAAGUUGUAGGUGGCGUUGAGGUCGUCCGAAGUCUGCGUUUGUUAAAGUUUUGUGUGAAAACGCAGAUUUCAUUGAGAAGUGGAACAAGAAAAUGUUCGAGCCGACGGAGCAAGGAAAGGAUGUCUUCACCCAUGGGGGUGUUGUACUCCGAGGUGCGAAUACCAGAGAAGAUGAUGCACAAAGCACGGGAACACUCAAUAUUGUGGAAUAUAGUUAUGGAAAGUGCAUAGAAUGGAAGCCGGUUGAGGUGUCUGUGGUAUCAGAGAACCAGGAUCAGGAUCCGGAAUGGUCUUUGGUAGAUUCUCACACAAGACGGACAAGGACAUCUUCAGAAGGACCAGAUUCCCUAGGACGUGCGAGGACUGUAAGAAUCAUGCUCACUGAUUUAAAGUCUUUUCGAGUUCACCAUGGCGGACAACAACUCAUAUUGAUGCAAAAGGAUGGAACAACCUAUGUGGCCUUUUUCCAAUUGUCCAAUGCAGAAAAUUUUGUCAAUUCUAUGAAAGCUUUCAUGAAGCUCAAAAGGUCACGGGUGGAUAAGAAUUUUUAUCAUGUGAUGGAUGAGUUCAAUCCUGUGCUUGAGAACUCGUUCUCCCACUUAGAUCUGUUUCAAGAGAAUACUUCGGAUUACGUUUGGAAAUUCGUAAGGAAUCUGCACAACCGUCCGUACGAGACGACUCUAGAGGCGUUCAGCAAGCUGGCAGAUAUUUGGCUUUAUAAAGAGCCAGUAAAGCGUCCGGUUGAGGAGGCGGUUGCAGACCUUCUGAACAGGUCACUCACUAUAGAUGUGCCACAUCCGCCAGUCUCGGUGAGUUCUGGAGAGGAAUACGAAGUGAUUGGAGAUGCAGGAUCAUCUGUAGUCCUCCCGCCAAGACCUCCGUGUCCACGUGGUGCACCAUUGUCGCAAGAACAGUGGGACAGAUUUAAAGAUCCUGAGGGUAGAGUGACGAAUCCCAAGGCUGUGAGGGAGAUAAUAUUCAGGGGGGGUAUUUGUGCGUCAUUGAGGUUCGAGGUAUGGAAGUUUCUGUUGAAUUACUAUCCUUGGAACUCUACGACCGCAGAGAGAAUAGAACUGAGGAAAAAGAAGACUGACGAAUACUUUAUGAUGAAAUUACAAUGGAGAUCGAUGACCCCUGCUCAGGAAAACAGAUUUUCUGAUUAUCGAGAUAGAAAGAGUCUUAUAGAAAAAGAUGUUAACAGAACGGACAGAACUCGUGUGUAUUAUGCGGGUGAUAACAAUCCACAUCUAGCACAGCUUUAUGACAUACUGAUGACUUACGUCAUGUACAACUUUGAUCUCGGUUAUGUACAAGGCAUGAGUGAUCUGCUCAGUCCAAUUUUGUGUUUAAUGGACAGUGAAGUUGAUGCCUUUUGGUGCUUUGUUGGAUUCAUGAAUAAAGUGAGCACGAAUUUCGAGAUGGAUCAAGCUGGCAUGAAGGCGCAGCUGUGCCAGCUGAAUGCUUUACUAUCAGUAACGGAGCCUCAAUUAUUCAAUUAUUUAUACAAGAACGAUUCUGGAAAUAUGUUCUUUUGCUUCCGGUGGCUGUUGGUCCUUUUCAAACGAGAAUUUAAUUCUAUCGAUAUUAUGAAACUCUGGGAAAUACUGUGGACAGAUUUACCCUGUAAGAAUUUCCAUUUGUUGGUCUGUGCAGCUAUUCUGGACACUGAAAAAACAAUGCUAAUGGAGAAUCGUUAUGGAUUUACUGAGAUCCUAAAGCACAUCAAUGAUUUGUCGCUACACAUAGAGCUUCCUUGGACGCUUUCCAAGGCGGAAGGAAUCUAUCAUCAGCUGAUGGCGGUAGAAUCUCAACUUCCUGACAGUGUCCGAGUGAUAAUUGGACUUGAACCUCUGAACAAGACGCCGGCGAGCGAUUUAGAGGAUGAGUCGGCCUGCGCAGGCGCACAUGCAAACGGGGAGAAUAGCAACGGGAUCCGAAGAGACAGUGACAAGAGUGAAAAUGUGAAAUUUGGAAACAACGAAGUCUCAUACGAGCGUGGUUUAAGCGUCUCGUAUAUAUGAGGUCAAGACUGGUCCUUCGUUGUAAGAAAUGCAUUGAUAAGCAACCAGGGUCAAAAAUCGAGACCAUUUUCAAGGUUUUCAUAAAAUAAAAAUAUUGCUCGAUUUACCUGAACGGGUUGCAUCCGUCUCUACGAAAUGGCAUCUCGUAACUCUGCGAGAAAUUUCUGUUGAACGUUAAAGUAAAAACGAAGCACGUUCAAAUUUGAGUAGUUACUGCGCGCCAUAGAAUGCACACUUCGAGUACUAGUCGACAUGAUAAUUAUUACAUUUGAAUUUUUAAAUAUUUAUAAAGCGUAAAACGAAUGAUAGAGGCGAUAUUUUCUUUUUGAUAAAAGAAAAUAAACGGAAAAUGAAAAUGUAUUCACAUCGGUAACAGCAGGCCCACGAGCCUCAGGUACGACAAACAUAUUGACGUCUUAUGUCAAAGUUCGCUGAAAGUUACACACAAAUGGUUUGUAGUAUGUCUUAUGUCUUUCUAGAUUUGUAUAAAGUAUCGUAAUUAUAUAAAGAUCACAAUAAUGCUGUAUAUUUCUAAUAAAAGUUUCAUUCAAU